CAAAGAUGGUUCCCCAAAACACAAGCAGCAAGGGCGACAGCCCUAUUUAUAGUUAUACAGCCUUUUAAAAUAUAGUCUUUCCAUCUUCUCUGAACCUGAAGAUUAUAAUAGAGAGAUAAACGAGGUAAAGACAUUUUGAAAUAAAAGGCAUGAAGGGGUCGGCCAUUGAAAACUUCUCCUGUGUGAUUUAUAACAUCUUCCUCAUGAACUGCACUUGGCAGGCAGGAAGGGAUGCUCCAGCAGACACACAGUAUUUUCUCUACUGGCAGAAUUCAAGAGAUGAAGAGGAGAUGGAAUGUCAGCUUUACAUUAAAGAUGAAAAUUGCAGAAAUGUGGGAUGUAUCUUCCAAAAUGUGAGCAUAGGGAUGGAAAAAGCUUACUUCCUGGUGAAUGGGUCUAGCAAAGACUCCCUGAUCCAAUUCUAUGAUGAGUACAUUGACCUGUAUAAAAUUGAAAAGCUCAUGCCUCCAUCAAAUAUCACAGUCAACUGUGAUGAAAUUAAAAGUGAUUGCAUAAUUCAAUGGCAACGACCCCAAAUAAGUCAUUCUAGCAAGGACAUGUGCUUUAAAUAUGAAAUUAACGUAAAGUAUAAGGAUAAUCCUAAAGGAAAACCCAUAUAUACUUCCAUACAAGAAGGGGAAAAUAGUAACAUAUUUCUAAGAUCAAAUACAAGAAAGAAGUACAUCUUGAAAAUGAGAGCAGCUGGCAGUGCCUGCUUUGUGAACCCAGCCUGGGGGGAAUGGAGUGCGCCUGUUGAGUUUGGAAAUGAGGAACUUGUAUCUUCUUCAGUAUGGAUUUUACUUGGGGUAGCAGUUGCAACACCCUUAAUGGCAAUCAUCACAAUUUUUUUCUGCAAAAGGACUGGCUUUUGGAAGGCUGCAUUUCCAAAGAUCCCAGGGCCAAAACCUGCUUUUUUUACACUGGCUGAUACAAAUCCAGAGCUGAUGGAGAGCAAAAUACAGUCAAUAACAUCUGAAAAUGAAGAGAUAGUGUUAGUUGCUGACAUCAUGAGAUAACCAAGAAAAAUGGAGGAGUCUGAAAGUGCAUUUCAUAGUCAGCUGUAUAUCCCUGUGGAAAGUCUGGCAUUUCUUUACUUUCUUCUUUUUCUUGCAUAAAAGAGUGAUGCAGCCAAGAGAGAAUGAUACCUCAUAUGCAAUCUUUUUAAAUCCUAUUGUGUUUGCUUUUAAUUUUGGCUAAUUUUACCUCUUUGGUUAAGUUGUCCUUAUUGGAUAUCUUCUAUUUAGUAAAUAUGAGUGCAAUAUUUUAUUCAACAAAUUUUAGUUACAUUUUAAUCUUAAGGAAAAAAAAUUGUCUUUCUGUCUCAUAUUAAAAAGAUUAAUGAUUAA